GUUCAUCUUCUAGUUUACCGGCGAAAACUUCUUACAAUAAUAGAAAUUUUUCAAAACACACGAUUCUAGGCUUGUUUGUACAUAGAACUUCUGGUAAUAAAUAGAAGCAAGUACAAACCAACAAGUGCAGUGUACCUGACCAUUUACAUUUACGAUUGGAAAGUUAUGGCUGAGCAUAGUGAAAAUGAUGAUAGCCUCUCUAAAGAGGCUAUCAAUGAACCUCCAAGAAAAAAAGGAAGGAAAAGCAGGGAAAAAGUGUCAUGGGUCUGGCAGUAUUUUAUACAAGAAGGAAAUGUUGCUGUGUGUCAGUUUUGCGAAGCUUCUUUAUCAAUAGCCAGCACUACUACUUUAAAGUACCAUCUAAAUCAUCUACACAAGGAUUUGAUAGUUGAAGGAGAACCAAAUGUAAAUGAAUCAAAACCUAAGAUACAGGUUACAUCAAUUCCAAGUCAAUCACCCCUAAAGAAUAAUGAAAAUGUGACAGCGAACCCAACUUUUCAAAAAAACUUUUUUAAAGAGACUUCAGCUUUUAUAUCUAAGAUGCUGGGAAAACCCUCAAACAUCCGUAUCGUGCACGUAAUAGAAGACGAAGAGACUAUUAACAUUGAGAAUCGACGUAAAGAUAGCCCCAAAAAAGAAUUUGUUGGCGCAGUACCGCCAAGAAAUAAAGCAAAGAAGCACAGAGAAAAGGUAUCAUGGGUGUGGCAGUAUUUUCGAAAAGAGGAAUCCAUGGCCAUUUGCCAAUUUUGUCAAGCCUCUUUAUCAUCGGCCAGUACGACUACACUUAGCUACCACCUGAAUCACCUUCACAAGGAUUCCAUAACACAUGCAACGGUGACUACAGAAUCAAGUCGUUCUCAACCAGAAAUCGUGCAGCCUGAAACAGAAAUAUUACUGGUCCCAGAAAUCUCUAGUAUGCCACAUCUAAAAAUUACCACGAAUGUUACGAAGAAUGGUAUUCCAGAUGAUUUUCUGAGCGAAACCUCGGUGCUAGUUUCCAGAAUGCUGGACAAACCCGAAAACACCUCCAUAGUGACGGUUGUUCCAGACCGGAUUAUGAUGUGGGGAGGAGAAAAUGGACCUUGUGCUAUUAUCCGCCUAAGAGGAGUAGGAAAGCUUGGGGAGGAUGACAACACCAACUUAAGGAUCCAAUUAGGUGAACACCUUGAAAAACACUUGGGUAUACCUCCCAGUCGAAUGUUAAUCCACAAUGAUACAAGAACUGCUUAUUUCUGAAUAUUUUCAACUCAUUGCACAAGUAAUUAAACUACUCCAUUUACUUUGUUAUAAA